AUGAGGCUUGGUACACGAGCUUCCAUAAACGACUGCGGAGACUCAACCUUCAUCAACCAAAGCACUGGUGGUUCUCCCCUCGUGGCUGACUGCCAGCAUCUUGCCAGAAACAUUGCUGGCGGCGGCACCUGGAAAGUCACUUUCACCGACAGCCAGCAUCAGCUGGCUCAGUAUGGCACCUGCGCUUUUGGUAUUGAAGGCGACAAUCCCAUGAAUACCGCCUAUGUUGGUAAUCAGGAUAUUAUCGACGUCAUCAAUACUUCCAUUGCCAAGUUCCAGUGGGAAGGCAAAAUUGGUACGAAGGGUACGAUGGCUUGUCAGAGCCAGAAGGGGAUUAUGGGUACUCCCCUCAUGACUUGGGGCACUAUCACAACUGAGCCCCAGUUAUAA